AGAACCAAAACAAAUCAAAAGACAAAAAAUAUCACCAAAUAAAAAAAUGUUUUAAGCCGCUUCAUUCGCAACAACCCACUUUGCAGUCUUUCCAAGUGAUCAAAACGUGUCCCGUCUAGUCGAAAACAAUAAAAAUUAAAAUUAGUGAGAAAAAAAUAAACAAUAUUAGAUCAUUGAACUCUAUUACGUCCUCGUCUUGAUAGAGGAGAAUUUUGAUGUUCCUUCACCGUUUAGCAUUAAAUUAGUGAGAAUUAAGAAGAAAAAGUAGAGAAAGAAGUUGAAAACUGGUUUUGUCGUAGACUCAGACUUCAGAAUUGUAUAUAAACAAGAUGCAAUAUCAAAAAUAGUUUUAGUUAGGAGUUUGCUUUGGGACCGAAAGCGGCUCAAUUUCCUCUGAAAAGUGCAAGCAAUAAGUGAAAAAAUCGACCGAUAUCCAAAAGUGGUCGUUUUGUCUCGAAUCUCUUAUCAAACUCUUAUCGAAUCAACUCUCAAGGCAGCAAAAUGGCAACAAAGUGCAGCUCUCUAAUGCGUUUCAUCUCACUUUUGUUGGUGUCCUUCGUCGUUGGGAGUGCAGCAGAUCUUCCCGCAUGGAGCUACAAGUGCGAACGGAACGUGUGUAAAAAAGUCGCUUUGACGGAUCCCGAACGAGCGAUCAGUCUUCCCGUUUGUCGCUUGUAUUGCAAUGGCGAGAUCGGUGUUGUGUGGCCUAAACCCACGGGACCCGUGAGAAUCGAAGAGAAACUCGCAAAAGUGACUCCAGCUUCGAUUGUUUUUAAGCCUCAAGGCAUGCGAGGUGAGGUAGCGACAUAUUUCGAAGGCAGCAAAUCUCGUUUUAUGGAACAAUUGGAGCGAAAAGUCGUUAAAGGAGUCAAAUUGUCGCAAGAAGGCAUUCAAGUCGUGAUUACUGUGCAUACCAAUAGCGGGGAUUCGGAUCUCACCUACGAGAUUGACGAAGGCUACAAAUUACGCAUCCAACAAGAUGGCGAUAGCAAGAUCAACGUCACAAUCCGUGCCGAAAACUACUAUGGCGCCCGAAAUGGUCUCGAAACGCUCGCACAACUCAUUGUCUUCGACGAUAUCCGCAACCAACUCUUGAUCGCUGCCGAAGUCGAGCUCGAAGACACUCCCGUGUACAAACAUCGCGGCGUAAUUCUCGAUACGUCGCGCAGUUACUUCUCCGUCGAGUCAAUCAAACGCACAAUUGACGCCUUGGCGCUCGUCAAAAUGAACACUUUCCACUGGCACAUCACCGAUUCGCACAGUUUCCCCGUAAUUUUCAAAUCUGUACCCGAACUGGCGAAAUUGGGCGCCUAUUCGCCGCAACAAGUCUACACCGAAGCCGAUGUCCGGGAUAUCGUGCAAUAUGCCCGCAUUCGUGGCGUUCGUGUCAUCCCGGAAUUCGAUGCUCCCGCGCACGUUGGCGAAGGAUGGCAAAAUACCGGCUUAACGGCGUGCUUUAAUGCCCAACCUUGGCAAAAAUAUUGCGUAGAACCACCGUGCGGACAAUUGGAUCCCACAAAGGAGAAGUUGUACGACGUCUUGGAGAAAAUUUACACAGAUUUCGCGGAUUAUUUCCAUCCUGUCGACACAAUUUUCCACAUGGGAGGCGACGAGGUGUCGACCGAGUGCUGGAAUUCGAGCGUUGAUAUCCAAACGUACAUGAAGGCGCAAGGAUGGGGCUUGGAAAAGAGCGAUUUCAUGAAAUUAUGGGGCGAUUUCCAGGAGAAGGCCUUGGAACGAUGGGAUAAAGUCGCAAAAUCGCACGUUCCGAUCAUCUUGUGGACAAGUCACUUGACCGAAAUGCCCUAUUUGGCGAAAUAUUUGAACAAUGAACGGUAUAUCGUGCAAAUCUGGACCAAGGGAGACGACGCAAAGGUUCAAACUUUGCUCGAGAAUGGCUUCAAAAUCAUUGUUUCGAACUACGAUGCACUUUAUCUCGAUUGUGGCUUUGCUGGAUGGGUUCAAGACGGCAACAAUUGGUGCUCUCCGUACAUCGGCUGGCAAAAAGUCUACGAAAACGACUUGAAAAACAUCGGUGGCAGUUAUUCGUCGCAAAUUUUGGGUGCCGAAGCAGCUUUGUGGUCUGAGCAAGCGGAUGAGUAUACCCUAGAUGCCCGUUUGUGGCCUCGUGUCAGUGCCCUUGCCGAACGCCUUUGGUCCGACCCGAAGACAUCGUGGAGAGACGCCGAAUCACGCUUCUUGGUGCAUCGCGAACACUUGGUUCAGAACGGGAUUCAAGCGGAACUUGUUCAACCCCAAUGGUGCCUCCAAAAUGAAGAUAAUUGUCCCUUGGUGCAACGGAAUAUGAUCUAAAAAAAUACUCUUACCUGAUCAUUAAAGUAUAAAAAUGUGAUUUUUCUGCGGAAAACAGUCGGUUUUUUUUGUCACAAUUUAAAAUAAACACGUAGAAUGCUUUUGAAUUCUUUAAAA